ACAGAGUGAUAAGUUCAAUCGCGAAAUUAUGGCAAUCAGCUCGAGAGGUGUGGCCCACGCUCUCGAAACUUUCAAAAAUGCACCAAAGCACAUAAAACAUAGAUCGGAAUGGUUUGUGGCUGCUGGAUUUCUAUAUGCUGGAAACAAUAAUGAAGUGCAUUGUGAGACUUGUGAAACAACAGUGAACGUCUCCGAUGGCAACAUCGACCCAUGGGAUUCCCAUCAGAGAGCAUCACCGGAUUGUCUGUACUUGAAGGUAAUAACAAAGUACACACCUGGUCAAUCUGCACGACUCGACUUGGAAAGGAAAUGUAAUCUUACUGAGUCUUUAUCGUUUGUUUCAAAAUCCUACGAUGAGGCCCCGAAAUCAUUGAAGGCGGUAGCACCAAGACUCACUAUGUCGGGAUUUUACUAUACUGGCCAUGGCGACCAAAUCAAAUGUUGUAGCUGUGGAGAGACCCAUGAAAAUUUUCCCCAAAAUGUGGAUCCUUGGAAACGGCACUUGAAAUCCAAACCGGAUUGUGAAUACGUUCAACUGGUGGUGAAAUAUGACUUACUAGAUGGUGCAGGAAGCCAAGAUUUGGCAGCGAAAAUUGUAUCUUAUGAGAAAUCUCCCGAAGUUUUGAAGAAAAACACGGGACAAUAUGCAAUGGCAGGUUUCUUCUAUACAGGCCGUUCCGAUCAAGUGCACUGCCGGAGUUGUAACCUAAUCUUAUCCGAUGUUACAGAAGCCACUAAUCCUUGGGAAGAACAUUCUAAGCUCCAGCCAGAUUGUGAGUACCUACGUGUUGUUCAAAAACACGGAAUUAUGGACGCUAUGCACCAACAAGAUUUGCCAACGAAUCUAGAAUCAUAUAACAAAGCGCCGGGAAUGCUAAAGAAAGCAGCUCGAAGAUACGCCAUGGCUGGCUUCGUGUACACUGGAUCCAGUGACCAAGUAUUAUGCCGUAGUUGCGGUACAACUAUUUCCGAAUGGAGUGAACUCGAUGAUCCCUGGCAAAAGCAUGUUACAAAUUCCCCAAAUUGCAAAUACGUUGAAAUUCUAAAAAAACACAAAUUAAUCGAUUUAACUGAUCAAGAUUUACUAUCAAAGAUAACAUCCUUUCAGUUGGCACCAAGGAACUUGACGGAAAUGAGAGUUGACCUCGCUAUGGCUGGUUUCUUCUACACAGGCCAAGGUGACAAUGUGCAAUGUUACAGUUGUGGGCUAAAUCAGUCCGAUUGGACAGAUGGAGCCAACCCUUGGGAAAAACACCUUGAAAACUCCCCGGAUUGCACAUAUGUUAAGAUAAUCCAAGAGCAUGACGUACUAAUGGAUGGUCUUUACGACUCGUUUGAAGAGGCAUCAGAAAGCAACGAAACAGAGGCAGACGAAGAAGAAGAAUGUGUAGUUACUUCUGAUUCAUAAUUAAUUUACCAGCCGAAUACGGAAACCAACCUAUUCCUCCUUUAAAAUAAAUUCAAUAACUGCAUAAUAGCCUAACCUUAAAUGGUUGUGUUAUAAAAAUAAAUAUUCUGAGAAAUGAAAUUGUUUUAUAAAAAGGAAAAUGGUUUUCUGUCUAUCUGUGUGUCACUCAUACCCGACUUCGAAACGGUUAUAUAUAAUACAUUGGUACGGGAUUUAGUAGAAAGACUGGAACGGCGAACCCCUGCACAACCAUAUAUGAUAAAGGCAAGCUUCAAAAUA